CACGAAGACGCAAGGGCGGAAGCCCACAGUAAGGGAAGAUGAGCUCGAACAUGCCUAGCACGACGGUAGGGCCGACUUCUAUUCGCGUGCUUGUAGCGGGAACAGGGGUGACCUACAAACUUUCCUUACACCCAUCUGAACUUACCGUUGCCAAUAUUAGAGGGCAUCUGGCCGCAGCUGUUCCCACUUCCGACCAAAUUUUGCUCCUGGGACCACCUUACAAAGUACCAAAAGAUUCUACGCUUCAAUCCGAUGAAGUCCUCAACGCACUACAUUUAGGUGACGCCGAAGACAACCCCAUUCAAGAGGAUACAGACGCGCCUCGAAAUAUUUUAUGCUCAACUGAACGAUCUGGUGCUCGUCGUUUGUUUCUCUUUUCGAAGCAGUCGCUAUCCCAGCAAGCCCCCGAAUCCCCAGUUUGCCACCUGGAACCCAUGGAGCUGCAAAUUCCAAAGGAAGCCCCGGGCCCAAGCCCCCUAAAUCUCAAUCCGACCAUGUCGCCGCCACUGCAUCAGGCAUUGGCAGCGUACGAACGACAGUUUAUGCUGUAUCUAAGUCAGGGCCGUGUCCUGGCCGACGGUGCGGAUUUGCGGUUGUCCGCUUGUAUAAACUGUGUGCAGGAACAGGCGGUGGUGGCAAGAGCUCUGCGUGCCGCGGUUUCAAAUCUAUCUGAUCACUAUCAUGCAGCAUCACGUACUCGAGCUGAAUUUACGACAGCGUUUCAAUCCAAAUCAAAUGCGCACGGAUCCCUGCUGCAAAGGUUUGAAUCCAUUCUGCAGAACUUGGAUGCUAUACGAUUGCAUCCGUCGCUGAUUUCAACAGCUCGCUCUUCGGGCCGGUCCAUAGAAUCUCUAUUGGACACAGUACCCGUAGAAAGAGAAAGAGCAUGGGCGCAGCAGUGUCAAACUUCACACCAACGAUUGAUAACGCUCUUUGGCGAUUUGGAUACUGGCUUUCGAGAUUUGGGGACCCCCGCUUCGCGAGCCGAAGAGAAUCGGCAAGAUCGGGAAGCUGAAGAAGAAAUUCAGCAUCUUUGGUUAGAAGUCGAUGGAAAGGCAAAGGGAAUUCGGAAUCGACAGGCAAGUCGUCUCGAUGGCUUGACAACCUCUUACCGCGAAGUUGUCAAAGUGAUUAUGAACGCAAUCAAUGCAGGCGAUGACGAUGACGUACAGGCUGCUUUUACACCUCUGCGUGCCAUGUCAGAUGUAUCGAAAAGCAUUGUGCCUUCCAUGAUAACCGAUGAUGAAGCUAUGAAGAUGCUGAUGGAAAAAGUGGCUGAGUCUAAAACGCGGACAAUGAAACGAAUGAAAGUCCGCCUUCGUGAUGUCAGUGUUUCUCAGUCCUUGAUUCAACGAGUUCUCUCCAGUGUUGGUGUUCUCCGCGAUGCACUUUCCCAGCAAGUCGAGAAUAUGGUACAUUUAGAACACGUUGCGGAACUCCCCGACUCGUAUCGGGAUUUUCUCUCCGAAAUUCGCCGUCGUCGAGCCUACGGACAAGCUGUAACGUCCUCUUGUGCAGCCAUGAUGGAAAAAGUGGCCUCGAUCCGAGCCAAUGAAGUGAAAGCCCGGGAAAAGUUUUUGCGCGGCUCUGCAAGACACUUGAUGCCUGCUUUUUUUGAAGUUUUCGCGCCUACUCUGGCAACUCCUCCGCCGCUGUUUACUCCUCAGCUACCGCCGAUGUUGGAGCUAGAUACAUUGCCUGAUGUUGGUUAUGAUACGGAGGAUCCAGACACAUUGAUGCAGAAAAGGAGCGGAGUGAAUGAGCAGGGGGCGAGUAGUGCUUCGUCUCUGACUGCGGAAACUUCUAUGAUGGCCAGUGUGGCACCGGCUGGACAAGUAAAUAUGACAUCGAGCAACGCACCCAUGUCACAAGAACAGCAGCAACAGCAAGACCAUUUGAUUGUUAGUGCAGAUGAACAGAGCGGGACGAAUUUCAUCAUGGGCACGGACGGCGGCGCUGUUGCCGAAGCCGAAGCCAAGGCACUCGCAUACGAAAAUGCUGUUCUUCGCCAAGCAUUAGAGCGCAUGGGUGGCAAGCCACCCAAAACCUAUGUCGAAGAAGCGAACCUUGCAAAGCUCGGUGACCAGUCCAACAAGGCGAACGAAGCCAAGUUAAUGAAACUCGAAAAAGAAUUGGCAGAUGCCAAAUCUCAAGCUCUUCUGGCCAAGGAUGCGACGCGGACAACUUUGGCAGACAGCAAGCUAAGCGACAAGAUCAGCCACACAAGCUUUUCCGUUGGAGAUUUCGCGUUGUUUAUGCCAACAGGCUUUGGUUCGGGAGGAAAACGAUCGUAUGUCGCAUUUCACACGCGCUGUCCUCACCAUUAUCUUUCUUCGGAUUGUGUAAAGGGUUCGCCCAACUUUAUUUUGGGACGGAUCGUUUACAAGGAAGAGCUAGUGGCAGGUGAAUCAGGAACCGAUGCGAAUCCAUACGGGCUGCCGGUGGAUACAAAGUUUUGGGUUUUGACGGUCGAAGUCGUCCAACCUAAGCCGUAGCAAAGCGGAGUCUCGGCUGGAUCGGUUUGCCGCAUUCAUUAAUUUCUAUUGCAUCAAUACACUUAAUAAAAUAUAGAGGACACGA